CGCAGAUAUAUAUACAACGUCAAGCAGUCGAGGACAUCUUAGAUAUUGCUGCAAUUAGAAUGUAAAAUAUUGAUAGUAGUAGUCAUUUCUAGACUGAUUGUCGAAAAUUUUGUUUGCACACGUAAAAAUGACUUAUUUUUCCAUUUUGGAAGUGCGAUUUUAAAACAAAUAUUUUUAUAUUGAGGAAUUUAUAUUGGAGAACGUACAAGCAUUUUACUCCAGUAAAUUACUCUUUAUGUAAUUGCUUUUGAAUCAUCUUGACAUAAGCCAAUAACAUAUCGAUUUAAAAUAGAGACAGGAAAAUCAAAGCAAACACCAUCUGGUGUGAAUGUUCGGUACAAAAGUAGUUGCUAUGGCAAUAGGUGUUAUACAAACUCGAAAAUUAAUAAAAAUAUGCACUCCCGUACAAACAUAUACGUGCGUAUUUUGUUUGACUAAAUUUGUGAUGUUUUUAUCGCGUAAAGUUGAUCUGUUUACCUAUGAUUUAAAAUAUUUUAAACAGUUUUGAUCAAAUGAUUAUAUUAACUUAUAUCAGGUUUAAACUAUAAAAUAACGAAAAUGGCUAAUUGUGAUAGUAUUAUUACCCAAGAAAAAAAGAAGCAUAACUAUAGAAGAACAACAGGUGUUAAAAGCAAUCAGGACACAACUUCCAUACCAAUUUACCGUCGCAGACGCGUUGCAAAAACCAAACAUACGCUCAGACCUCACAAUGUUUACAAAUAUCCAUCAGAUUGGAUAACUGAUAAUGACGUCAUUGAACCUGAAGAUGAAUUGCUUUUGAGAAAUAGAACUGAUACAUAUGAACAUGAAAGAAGUAAAAAGCUAAACGAGGAUGGUAGUCUUCAAAAGCAAGCGUUUGAUGAAGUUGAUGCAGAUUCAGGUAUUAUUUUAUCGCGAACAAGAAAACAUGUCUCACGGGAUACGAUGAAAAUAGCUGAUGAGUAUCAGAAAUUGGAAAAACGUUAUAAAAGUGUCCAAGAAGAAUGUCAGAAAUUAAGUAAUAUAUUGGAGCAAAGAGAAUUAGAGUAUAAGAAAGUAUGUUUACAUUAUGAAACGUUGAUACAAAUGAUUCAGGAAUUAGAAGAAGCCAAAGUUUCUCUGGUUCAACACAAUCAAAAACUUGAAAUGGAGAGAGUUCGGUCGAAUGAAGACAUAAUACUUUUAAAGAAUAUUGUUUACCAGUUAAAUACCGAAUUAGAGAGAUAUCAAGACAAAUUAGGAGGUCAAAAGCAUGAAAAUAUUUCUGUACAUGCAGAAAAUGAAAACAAAUAUGAUUCAAGGAUUUGGGGAAGUAUUAAUUUUCAUGCUUUGGGGCCACUUCUAAAUGCUUACCAAGAAAAUUUAUCAGAAAAGCAGGAACUUAUACACAUGUACGAACAGGAAAUGGCUGAGUUUAGUAGUAGAUGUAAGGAAAUUCUUACGGAAAAUGAGAUUAUGCACAGAGAAGUAGAAGGAUUGAAGUCAGAGUGUGAUAGGUAUACAAAGGAAAUAAAAAAGUUGUUUGAAAAUACUAUGUUACUAAAAAAUCAAAAUGAUAUUUUAAAAAAGGAAGCUGCAAGUGUAAAGAGAGAAACUGAUGAUAUUCGUUCAUCGUAUGAGUUAAAAAUGGAAGUAAUUUUAAAGUGUAAUGAAGCAUUAAAAAAGGAAUAUACAACCACAGCAUCCGAACUGAGCAAUUUACGAGGAAAAUACGAAAUUUUAAGUAAAGAAUUUGAAAAAAUGAAGGGUAAAGGAAAUCAAACAGUACCUAUUGCUGUUCAUACUACUGCUAUCGAAGAAUGUAAAACAUUGUUAGAUGAAUUAAAGUAUCAAUAUGAAAGUGAAAAACGUAAUCUCUGCAAUCAUAUAAAACGUAUAGAGGAGAAUCAACCUGAAAACGAAAAACAACUUAUUAUGGUUACAGCUGAAAGAAAUCAUUUAAAGGGUCUUGUAGAAAACCUCGAAACAACCUUAAAACGAACGCAACAUAGAAUUGAACAUAUGCAAACUAUUGUUUAUUCGACUCGAGUUUCACGUAAUUCUCUGAAGGAGAAAUUAAGUAAAGUGACUGCUUAUUGCGAAGAACUGUUUUCCGAGUAUGAAAGAAUUGUUACAGAGAGAGAAAAAUUACUCGCUUUCUUACGCGAAACGGAAAAAGAAAAUGCAGAUAUGGAUCGUCUUGGUAAAAGUAUUAACAGUCGAGUGGAAAGUUUAAAAAGUCAACUAGAAAUUGUUCGAAAAGGUACGAAACAGCAGGUAGAUUCUGUGGAGAAACGUAUAAAAUUACAAGAAGUUCAUGUACGCUUGAUGAAACAUGACUAUCAACGUAAAAUACAAUAUUUAAACGAUAUAAUUAAGCAACAGGAAGAAAUGAUUGAAAAGUUACAGAAAGAGAAGCAUUCUAGUCUAGAUAGUUCAACAAAACGGAUACUUCAGACAACAAAUGAUGAUAACCCAGAGAACUGUAAUACUGGAACAAAAAAUGCAUGAUCUUUGAAUCUAGUUCAUAAAAGGUCUGCAUACUAUAAAGUUCGUGAUAAGAUCGUCCAUAAUAGAUUGGACUUUGAAACUGAUUUUCAACAAAUAUCAUAAUAAGCAUCUAAUUAUGGAAUAGGUGCUACUCGAAAUACCGUCCUCAUAUUUACAAACCGUGUCAGUCGCUUUAUUUAGCGGUGACAUCAAAUGAAGCAAGUGAUUGCGAAGGCUACUGUACUCCACUCUAUGAACUGUCGAUAGCAGUGGAGACUCUAAUAAUCAUAUGGUGAAAAGUUGAUGUCAUCCGUUAUAGGUAUGAUGUCAGAUGCGUUCCAUUCAUUCAUAUGUAAAAUACACCUGUUUUAGCUUUACAUUUUUUUAAAUAGAAUUUAAUAAUAAUCUUGAACAUCGAUAAUGUA